AUGCUAGAGGAAGAUUCAGGCCCUUCGGAAUUAGGCACCUUGGAAUUCUGGAACGCCCAAUACUCGAAAGAAGUGGAAAACUUUUCGCGACACGGAGACCAAGGAGAAAUUUGGUUCGGAGAAGACAUAGUGGACAGAGUAAUAACGUGGAUGACCUCAAAUGUCGAUACCACAGCUAGUAUUGUCGAUAUCGGUUGCGGCAAUGGACACAUUUUAGCUGAACUAGCUCGGCUUGACUAUAAAAAACUUACCGGCUUGGAUUAUUCAGAGCCAGCUAUAAAACUAGCCAAAGCAAUAGCUGAAAAGGAUGGACUUGAGAUACAUUAUGAGGUUAGUGAUGUUUUGGAAGGCUUACCAAAUAAAUAUGAUGUAAUUCAUGAUAAAGGUACCUAUGAUGCUGUUUGCCUGAGUGAAAACAAACUAGAAGCUCGAGCAAAAUACUUAAUGAGUAUUGAAAAGGCAUUAAAUGAUAAUGGCUAUUUUAUAGUAACCACUUGCAAUUGGACCACAGAUGAAAUAUCAGAUCACUGUAAAAACUAUUUUGAAUUAUUUAAAACAAUUCCAACACCCCAGUUUAAAUUUGGAGGAAAAAUUGGACAUGUUGUAUCAAUUUGUGUAUUCAAGAAAAAAAAGUGA